UGAAAAUCAAACGUUACGUACCACCUAAAAAUGGUGUGUAAAUCAAAUCUCCCCUAUAUUUCUCAUGUGAUAUUUUUUAGUGACACCACCUAAAAAUGUUACACAUUGUUAAUUUGUUAGUGUAAUAGCGACAACCCCUAAAAAUGUACACAAAAUAUGUACAUAUCCUUAUUUUUCUAGUUUAGCCUAAGCCCUGUCUAAAGAAAAUAUGUUCUUGGAUGGGGACUGAAAGUAUGUGAAAGUUUGUACAUUCAUGAUCUUUUGUACACUUCUUGAUUCUCAAAUCACUGUAAUUCCUGAUGAUGAUGCCAUUCGUCAGCCCAAGAUUUGACCAUGGAGGAGAUAAUUGCUAGCGGCACUACGAACUUGACAUCAGAACCCUCUGAUUCCCUCAGCUCCACCAGCCAACAAAGCCACCGCCACAAGCGGCCGAGGGCGGACCCAAACGCCGCCGGCAACAUAACUUCGUCAAGGUUCAAGGGAGUCGUCGGCCAGCAGAGCGGAAACUGGGGGGCUCAGAUUUACGCCAACCAUCAGAGGAUUUGGCUCGGAACUUUCAAGACAGAGGAGGACGCCGCGGCGGCCUACGACAGCGCCGCCAUCCGCCUCCGCAGCGGCGACGCCCACCGGAACUUCGCGUGGACCAGCCUCACCCUCCACGAACCCAAUUUCCAAAAUCAAUUCUCCACAGAAGAAAUCCUCAAGAUGAUCAAAGACGGAUCCUACGUCCCGAAAUUCUCGGAAUACUGCAAGCAACAAACCGCUCCGGCCGGGCCCCAAACUGCCGGAGCCGCCCCACCCCGGGCAGGGAACGAACCGGGUUCGGUUUUGAGGGAGCUUUUCAAGAAAGAGCUGACCCCGAGCGACGUUGGGAAGUUGAACCGGCUCGUGAUCCCGAAGAAAUUCGCGCUCAAAUUUUUUCCUCGCACGACGGCAACUACAACGGAGAAUCAAGAAAGCGAGGAAGAAGCCGCCUGCGCCGGCGAUCAAGACAUGGAGCUCGUCUUCUACGACAAAUCGAUGAGAUCAUGGAAGUUCAGGUAUUGUUACUGGAAAAGCAGCCAGAGCUUUGUGUUCACUCGGGGUUGGAACCGGUUCGUUAAAGAUAAAGGAAUUGGCGCGAGAGAUAUGGUGGUUUUCUCCGCCUACGACUGCCCGGAGGAAAACGGGUCAGGAAGACGGACCAUUUGUGUCGUGGACGUGGAAUUCAACAAGGACAAUUCAAAGCCCAAAAACACCUCUGAAGGAAACACGACAAAGGAGGGCAUUUAUGAGAAUUUCCACGAGAAGAAAGAAGGGUUAGAAGUGGAAAUUGAAAAGGAGGCAGAGGUGCCGUCCGGGUUUAAGCUUUUUGGUGUACAAAUUAUCUGAGUUUUCCACAGGGUAAAAGUAGUAAUUACUUCUGCUACAAUACUAAUUACACUGCCAACUGCUAUUAUAUACUCCGUAUAAUAUAAAUAAAUAGUUAGUUAACAUUACUGUAUUAGUUGCCUAAUUAGUAAUCCAUAAUGGGAGUUCUUGUAUUUCUCUCACAUGUUUUAAUUCUCAAAAGUGAGAAGGAUAUACUUAGUACUUGAUAAAUGUUCAACAAUGCUUGAUGUACCCACUACCCACUUUUAUACUCACCUAUACCCACCAUAUGCUUGAUGCC